UUCUGCCAUACAUCGCGACCAUCAACACCUUCCGGCACCAUUCGCUCAAGCACGAGCAUAGAGAACACACAAUUCCUCCAGUCCCCAUCUGCGCGUCAGCAUAUCCUAAGUCCCGAUCUAUGAGCGACAUCGCACUAACACCGGAACUUACCGAGAUCCAAAAGCAGAACAAAGCAGCCGCCAUAACGUCAGCGUCUGUGGAAGCCUCUGGAAAGUUGACAAUCAAGUACGUACCCGGUGUGAUCGUCGAUAUCCCACUAGUGGCUGCAGAGGGCUCUCGCGUUCUACCCGGCCUGUAUGGAGACAAGGUUCACGAUUACGGCCAAGUUAAGGACUGGAAAAUUAGAACAAUGGCUGGAGCUAAGUCCUUUGCCUUUGGGAUUGGUGAAGGAAUGACGGAUACCUUUUACCAACCGUAUAAGGUGGCGAGAGAUAAUGGAGCGAAGUGGUUUGCGACGGGGUUUCUGAAGGGCAGUUUUGGGGCGGUUGGAAGAUAGUUCAUGAUAAGUUCUUUGGUUCUCGUUACAUAUCCUGUCCAAGGCGUGAAACGGACUAUACAGCAUGCUCUGCAUAAUAAGCGUCGGAAGAAGGUCAUUGACGCUCUGCAUGCCGAGGUCGGAGCAUAGUUCGACAAGAAAGAGAACGGCGGCUUCAGGAUGCGGUAGUCCUGGACUUUUUCGAUCGACUGACGCAGAAGGAAGGAGAACUGGGCGACGAUGAAGAUGAUUGUCUAUGAUUGGAAGUAUUAUAUUGUUGGCCUCCAGAGAUGAGCGACAGCUUGUGCCAGAGCGACAACAACAAGAUCAUGACUCCACAUAUGUUAUAG